AUGUCUCGCAAAGGCAAGCAGCCCGCCAUCGACUUGCUCGACGACGAGGGAAGCGCCUCAGAUCCUGACGAUGAAUUGAUCGGCAACGCCUCCCAUGAAACCCGCAAACGAAAAGUCGAGGUGGAGGCGGAGGAAAAGGUCCAGUGGACAGACGACUCCGAUGGCGCCACCAUGAAACCGAAGAAACGACGGGCCAAGCGCAAGUCGACGGCAAAGAAACGCGACACAUCGGGCGUCCAUGGCGAGGCUCAAGCGGCGCCCGAGGACGACCUCGAACUGGCCGGGAUCCCCGAUUAUCUGCAGGAGCGGAGGCGGGCUUUCGAUGCUGAUAAGAAGCUGCAUCACGAGGCCGCACUCAUGCUACCCCCAGACUACUCGGACAUCGACUUUGACGAAUCUUCCCGGCUCGGAGAGCUAAAGGAGCGCCCGGUCUUUGAUGCAUCUAGCGGCAUCAAACCAUCGCGGCCCUACAAGGAUAUUGAGCUCCCUCAGUCCGCUGGCCUUAUUCCCGCCUCCAUCGCUCAGUAUUUGCGCGACUACCAGGUUGCAGGUGUCAGAUUCCUGCAUCGAAAGUUCGUGUAUCAGGAAGGCGGUAUCCUGGGCGAUGACAUGGGCCUAGGAAAGACUGUCCAAGUUGCCGCUUUCUUGACUGCCGCCUUUGGCAAAACGGGCGACGAGCGCGAUGACAGGCGCAUGCGCGAGAUCCGCUUCUGCAGCGGCCGCUGGUAUCCGCGGAUACUCGUCAUCUGCCCUGGCUCCCUCAUCAUGAACUGGAAGAACGAAAUGAACCGCUGGGGUUGGUGGCACAUCGAUGUCUUUCAUGGCGCAAACAAAGAUGAUGUGCUUGGCACCGCGCGCUCCGGACUCUUGGAAAUCAUGAUCACCACCUACGACACGUACAAGAACAGCCGCAGCUCCAUCAACAUGGUCCAGUGGGAUGCUGUGAUUUGCGACGAGUGCCAUCGCCUCAAGGACAGAUACUCGGAAACAACCAAGGCUCUGGCUGAAGUCAACGCUCUGUGCCGCAUUGGCCUUACUGGAACCGCCAUACAGAACAAGUACGAGGAGCUGUGGACGCUGCUCGACUGGACGAAUCCUGGCCAUUUCGGUACCAAGUCAGAGUGGUCACAGACAAUCACGAAACCGCUGACCGUUGGCCAGUCUCACGACGCAACUGGUGCGCAGCUUAGUCUUGCGAGACAGACGGCCAAGAAACUGGUCCAGAAUCUGUUGCCCCGCUACUUUCUACGGCGGAUGAAGACCCUCAUCGCAGACCAACUGCCCAAAAAGACGGACCGCGUCGUAUUUUGUCCUCUCACGGAGCUGCAGCUCGAGGCCUACCAGAAUUUUCUCUCCAGCUCAGAGCUUGAGCUCCUGCGGACCGUGUCGGACCACUGCGAGCAUGGCGAGAAGAAGGGUUGGUGCUGCCGUAAACAUCUACCCAACGGUAGCACGUGGCAGCAAAUCGUAUUCCCUAGCAUCAUGGUCCUGCAGAAGCUUGCCAACCAUCUCACCCUCCUUGUCCCCUCAACAACAGAUCUGGAGCCUCGGCACAGGAACGAGCUCGCAACCCUGCAGACCUGCAUGCCAGACACGUGGAAAGAACUGUACGAACAAAGGGAUCAGAUUAGGAAUCUGGUCAACCCCGAAUUCUGUGGCAAAUGGAAGGUCCUCAAAAAGCUGCUCAAGUUCUGGCAUGGCAGCGGAGACAAGGUCCUCGUCUUCUCUCAUAGCGUUCGCUUUCUGCGGAUCCUGCAGCACCUGUUCACCAACACCAGCUACAAUGUCAGCUACCUGGACGGCUCGCUGUCGUACGAGCAGCGGCAAGACGUGGUGGACACGUUCAACUCGGACCCUACGCAGUUUGUCUUCCUUAUCUCCACCAAGGCGGGAGGUGUCGGUCUGAACAUUACCUCCGCGAACAAGGUCGUCAUCAUCGACCCGCACUGGAACCCUUCGUACGACUUGCAAGCUCAGGACAGGGCGUACCGCAUUGGACAGACUCGCGACGUCGAGGUGUUCCGGCUCAUAUCCCUCGGUACAGUCGAGGAGAUUGUGUACGCCCGGCAGAUCUACAAGCAGCAGCAAGCCAACAUUGGCUACACUGCCUCGUCGGAGCGGCGCUACUUCAAGGGUGUUCAGCAGGACACCGAGAGGAAGGGCGAAAUUUUCGGGCUCGCCAACAUCUUUACCUAUCACAGCGACAGCGGGCUGCUCCGGGACAUCGUCAACAAGACCAACAUCGCAGAAGCCAAAGCUGGCGUUCACCUCGCGGAUGUGGACAUGGAACAGGCAGCCAAGGACGAGGAGAGCCUCAGCAUGGUGAAGAAGGAAGAAGCGGACAACGACGAUGGCGGUAUCGGUCAGCUGGCGGCGCUGCUGACUGCCGAAAAUCAGGAGAGGCUACUUCGGUCGCAGAAGUCGACCGUACCGAAAACAGACGCGAUUCAGGCCAUCCUCACAUCGGCAGGGGUCGAGUAUACACACGACAACUCGGAGGUCGUCGGCACGUCCAAGGUUGAGGAGCAGCUCUCGCGGCGGGCUGAACUCGCGACAUACGCUGCUGGAGACGCCGAGGGGCACAGCGCGCUCUUCGCCGAGACCGAGGAGGAGGAGGGCGAUGAGCUGCACAGCGUCUACCGGCCGCCGGAGGAUGUGUGCCUGCGCCAAUUCUGCGAGAUGGCACGCGAGUUUGGCUUCAAGAAUGCGCUUACCUUUGCCCCUAUUGUGGAGACGUGGUCAUCCGAGACGAGGCGGACUUGCCUCGGCGCGUUCUACAGGAGGCGAGAAGCAGCGCUGGCAAGGGCUGAAGCUGCGAAGAGGGAAGACAGUGACGAGAAGAAGGCUGUCAAAGACGACGAAGAAUCAAAGGCUUUCAAGGAUGAGGACGAGUCCAAAGUGUCGAAAGAAGAGGACGAAAUGAAGACGUUGAAAGACGAGGACGUCAAGGAUGUGACGAAGCACGCAGACCUGGAGCUCGAGCCCAAAGAUGAAGGGGACAGGAAAGACGUCAAAUUAGAACCUGGGCCCAUAACGCCAUACAUCAAAGCGGAGGGCAUCAAGGACGAAACGGUGAAGGACGAGACAAAACCCCACGGUCUCAAAAUGGAGGACGCCGGUGCGGAAGAUGACGAUGUCAAAAGGUCAAUCAAGCACGAACUGGCGGGCAGCGAAGAAAAGGUCAAGGUAAAGCUGGAAGAGGGAAAGUCGAAGAGGACAUCGAUAUUCCUGCUCGACGAUGACGACGACGACGAAUUGUAG